AUGGCUGUUGAUCAUGAGAGACAAACACAAAAGCCAAGGCGAAAACAACCCUCAUUCUCCUCCUCACUCCUCGACGCCAUCUACCGAUCCAUAGACGAGACGGGCGCGCAAAACGAUCAUCGGCGGGACGUCAAAGAUAUCGACCUCCACAAACGAAACAACGGCCCGCAAAUCGAGAAGGAAAUCGAGAGCCUCCGUCGGGCCAUCAUGAUCGAGAAAUGGAUCGAAAGCCACGGCACAACCAACAACGCGUCGUCCUCGUCCCCAACUCACAUGCCGUCAAACUCUUCGGGCUCGUCCACCGAGUCGACUCAGUCGAGCACGUUCUCCCCCACCGAUACCGAGUCGUCGUCCUCCGCCUCGAAAAAAUCUUCGCAAAAUACCAAAAACACCCCUCCCACGACCGAGACCCAACCGAAGCGCGACGGGAAGUUGACGAUCGCGAAAAUCCGGGCCCGCAAGAUUUACGGCGAGUUGAAGAAGGCGAAAGAGCCGAUCUCGCCCGGCGGGAGGAUUUCGAAUUUUUUGAACUCCAUUUUCAGCCCGAGAGCUUCGAAAAAUAACCCGGCCCGGGAGGAAGAGUGGGGCCGCAAAAACUCAUCGGUCAUGAAGUCGCGGUCGGUAAACGACACGAGGACGAGCUCGACCUCGUUCGCGUCGAGGUCAUGCUUGAGCAAGAGUCAGUUUUCUAGUAGAGGUAUAAUUAGUAGUAGCAAUAUUAACAAUAACAACAACAAUAUUAUGAUCAGUAAUAAAAAGAGUAAAUCUACAAGGUCCGUUAGGUUCUUAGUAGAUGAAAACAAGGGAUUAUACGGUGAAGAAUAUUCGACCGGCCCGAACGGGCCGGUCGUUGGCAGCCGGUACAUUAAGAAAAAUAUCGACAGCCUUCGGCUUCACCACGACCCGAAAAACGCGAAGAAACAUGAAUUCAGAGAUAAUUAUUAUUAUCAUCAUCAUCAUCAUCUUCACAAGGAAGAGAGUGAGUUUGAUGACAUGAUGAGCUGUGCCAGCUCGGAUCUUUUCGAGCUCGAGAAUAUCGGGCGGGCCGGGCCGGUCGGCAUGGGAGCAUAUGAAGAAGAGCUGCCUGUUUAUGGGACCACAAGUUUUAAGAUGAAUCAGAUUUCUAGCGUCAAAUUCAAUGGGCGUCUGACCGGUAUUGGGCUGCGCGAACGAUUUUAUGCUCGAACCGAAACUACCCCAGUGGAAUCCACGGGCACAAAUCUAGUUUUGGCCCGGGAUGGCUGGUCAAUUGUUCUGACCAGCCAGUCCCCGAGCUGA